UUGAAUUUAACGACUACUUAUAAACCAUUUUAUACCGUUCUGUUUUAUCUAAACCGGCCCAGGAAUCAACGACGUUCUGAUUAAGAGCUGGAACUGACAGAGUCUUGAACAACAAAUAUUUGACAGGACUUGGCACAGUGGGAGAUGAGGCUUUGAGGAGGCCUCAUCCUGUUGCCGUGGGAGAUGGGAGCCAACAUCAGCCAGGUUAGUGACCUGUCCGAGAGUCAGAGCUUGAAGAGACUUAUCGGCCCGGAGUCCAUCUGUGAAAAUGACCCCUUCUGGAACCAGCUUAUCUCCUUUACAUUCACAAGCCCCACCAACAGCUCCGAUGCUAAGCUGUUGGAUGAGGCAGUCAUCCCCCUUGCGAAGACUUUAAUUGAGAAUAAUCCACGGUCAGGAAACUUUGGAGCGUUGGUCAGAGUUUUCCUUGGAAGAACCAAAGAGCUGAAAAUAUCUACGGAAUGCCAAGAUCAGCUGUUUAUCUGGCAAGCCCAUAAUGCUUUGUUCCUGGUACGCUGUCUUCUCAAAGUCUUUAUCAGGGAGAUGAGUGAGCAAGACCUGCACUUACAGUUCUCGUACCAGGAGAGGGCGCCAGGUACCUGCGAUUCGAGAAGCGAAGACCUGCUGGAGGAGCUCAUCUAUAAUCUGGUGUAUCUCAUUGUGGAGGUCCCUCUACUGGACAUCACCUACAACAUCCUGUUUGAGGCUGUGACCACCUUACUGGUUCUGUUGUCCUAUCAGCUCUUCCAAAAAGAGAUCCUGAGGGAGGGGCUUAUCUACCGCUGCUUAACUACUGGUCGAUGUCUGUCUCUGACCAGCCGUCUGGUGAAGACCCUCCUGUAUAACUUCAUCAGGCAGGAGAAAUGUCCCCUUCCGGCCACGCAGGUAUUCCAGCCUCAGUCUGCUGGAGGAGGGCUCCUGUAUGGCCUGGCGUCCGGCGUGGCCAGCGGGUUAUGGAGUGUAUUCACGUUAGGUGGAGCUGGAGGCAAACAUGGGUUGGACCAGGAGCAGAACCCAUUACCACUGUCCAAUCAGAGUUUGCUACUGCUGUUGGUUCUGGCCAAUCUGACAGAUGGACCAGAUUCUCCUAACCCUUACAGACAAGCUGUUACCUGCUUUAAAAAUACACAAGACACGUCCUCUAUCCCCUCUCCUCAGCCCCACACAUUCCAGAUUAACUUUAACAGUCUGUACACGGCUCUGUGUGAGCAGCAGAGAUCAGACCAGGCCACACUUCUCCUUUACACUCUACUGCACCAGAACGCCAAUAUGAGGACAUAUGUACUGUCCCGCACAGACAUGGAGAACCUGGUCAUGCCCAUUCUGGAGAUCCUUUAUCAUGUGGAGGAGAGGAACUCCCAUCAUGUGUACAUGGCUCUUAUUAUCCUUCUGAUCCUUACCGAGGAUGACACCUUCAACCGCUCCAUUCACGAGGUGGUGCUGAAGAACAUUAGCUGGUACACGGAGAGGGCACUGACUGAGAUCUCUCUGGGUAGUCUGUUAAUCCUGGUGGUCAUUCGCACCAUCCAGUUCAAUAUGACCAGAACCAGGGAUAAAUACCUGCACACCAACUGUCUAGCAGCCCUGGCCAACAUGUCUGCCCAGUUUAGGAGCCUGCACCAGUAUGCGGCUCAGCGAAUCAUCAGUGUUACCAGCCGCCACAUGCAGAGGUACUUGUAUGUGCUGGACAGUAAGUUUUUCCCCCAGUCCAGCUGCAGUUGGCUGGGACACUUGCUGGUCGUCGCGGGCGAUGCGGGGGAGGAGCUUACGAACUUGAAUUGCUCGUUCAUACUCAAGUCCUAUGCCUCCAGCCUGUUUGCUCUGCUGUCCAAGAAGCACAAUAAGGUUUUGGAACAGGCCACGCAAUCCUUACAUGGGCCACUAGGUUCAGAUGAUGGAAGUGCCCUACCAGACUAUGCUCAGGAUCUGAGUGUCAUAGAAGAGGUCAUCCGUAUGAUGCUGGAGAUCAUUAACUCUUGCCUGUUCAACUCUCUCCAUCACAACCCAAACCUGGUCUAUGCUCUGCUCUACAAGCGAGAACUCUUUGAGCAGUUCAGGUCACACCCGUCUUUCCAGGACAUCAUGCAGAACCUGGACACGGUUAUUAGUUUCUUCAGCCAGAAACUAGAGCAGGCAGGUACUGACCUGUCCGUGGAGAGAGUUCAAGAGGUCAUUAAGAAAGGAGCAGUGGCCCUUCCCAAAGAUCGCCUGAAGAAGUUUCCAGAGCUAAAGUUUAAGUAUGUGGAGGAGGAUCAGCCUGAGGACUUCUUCAUUCCUUAUGUCUGGUCUCUGGUCUUCAGUUCUGGAGUUGGCCUCUACUGGAACCCCCAAGGCAUAGAGCUCUUCACCAUGGACUCCAGCUGAGAGUGUGUGUGUCUGUGUGUGUGUUUCUUAUUGCAUAUGUUUGCUUGUCAGGGUAUGGACUAUUUGCGUGUGUGUGUGUGUGUGUGUGACUGUGCUUGCGUCAUUACGUGUAGCUUUUGCUUUGUAAACGUAAAGCUGUAGAAGUGUCAGGUUUUGGAAGUGCCUCUAUCGUGAUGGAUGAGUGAAUCUUGUUGUGGGGGUUUACAGGACACUUUCACACUAACCCUCAUUUCUGACUCCUGGGCUUCCACUGUGUCUGGUUCCACCACCAGUCCAUAUCACAGAGUUUAAAGGACAUCUCGCUCAAAAUACUGUCACUGCUCUGCCACUAGACUAGUGUUCAUACUGACAUCAGCUGCACUGAAUUCUGUGUAUAGCACGUUCAGUGUGCACUACAUUUUGCUAGUGUGCAAUGCA